AUAAAAUACAAUUGGAAAAUCAUGUUAUAAUUUUAUGCUGUAUUAAAAACAUUCUAACAUGUAUCUGUGAUUUGUAGUAAUUAAAUAAACAUUGUUUAAUUGAAUUAUUUAAUACAUAUCUAUUAUAUACAAUGAUAAAGAAUAUUUCAUUGUUAAGAUAUAAAUUUUAAUUUAUACCACUUUAAUAAUAAAUAAAUUGUUUUAAAUGUUUUUUGUUUUCAUACACUUUGCAUUUGAAUAAAUAAAUUGUACUUCCUGUUAUUUGGAACUUAAAAGUAUUCUCUGUAGAGAAAAUGACAUCACGAUUCAGUGGAGCAUUACAAAUAACAAAUUUGGAUGAUUUUAUUACACCUUCACAAGAAUGCAUAAAACCUAUAGAAAUUCAAGCAUCAAAAAGAAGAAGUGGUGCAAAAAUAAAAAUUGAAGAAGAUGGAGUACCAUCGAUAUUAAAUGAAAUUGGGCAAUCUGAAAAACUGCAGAAGGUGGAAAUCACACUUGCUGAUUGUUUAGCUUGUAGUGGUUGCAUUACAUCUGCAGAAAGCGUGUUAGUUACACAACAAAGCCAGGAAGAACUGAUGAGAGUAUUUAAAGAAAAAGUAUCUCAGUGUCAAAGUGGAGAUGGUACCAAAUUUAUAGUAGUUAGUCUUUCUGUGCAAGCAGUAUUGUCUGUAGCAAAACGUUACGGUCUUAAUUCAGAAGAAACAUUAAAUAAACUUGUUGGCUACUUUUAUGAAUUAGGAGCCGAUUCAGUUUUAGAUAUGACUGUAGCUGAUGAUUUUGCUCUAUUAGAGUCUGCUAAAGAAUUUGUAGAACGUUACAAAGUAGAUAAAGGUGGUGCACCAAAUCAAUUACCAAUGUUAUCUUCUUCUUGUCCAGGAUGGGUGUGCUAUGCCGAAAAAACUCAUGGCAAUUUUAUACUUCCAUAUAUUAGUGUAACAAAGUCCCCUCAACAAAUUAUGGGAUCAUUAGUCAAAUAUCAUUUGGCUGAAACCAAGGGUCUUGCACCAGAACAAGUGUAUCAUGUAACUCUUAUGCCUUGUUAUGACAAAAAAUUAGAGGCAUCUAGAGAAGAUUUUUACAACUCUGAAAGAAAUUCUAGAGAUGUAGAUUGUGUUAUAACACCAAUUGAACUAGAACAAAUGUUUAAUGAAUAUAAUGUGACAUUAAGUGAAGUAAAGGAAAAUAAAGUUCAAAAGCCUUUUGGGGUAGAAAUGGAAAAUUUGGAAAGCAAUUUAUGCGGUCAUAGUGGUUCAGGAUCUGGUGGUUAUGCUGAUUUUAUCUUCCAUUAUGCUGUAAAACAUCUAUUUGAUGAAACAGAUGUUACAGCUGAAUUUAAAAGUCUCAGAAAUCCUGAUUUUCAAGAGGCCAUUUUUCAAAAGGAUGGUCAGAUAUUAUUAAGAUUUGCCGUUGUUAAUGGGUUUAGAAAUAUACAAAAUCUUGUGCAAAAAUUAAAAAGAGGAAAAUGUUCAUAUGAUUAUGUCGAAGUUAUGGCAUGUCCUUGUGGAUGUCUAAAUGGAGGAGCACAAAUUAGACCUGUAAACAAUAUUCAACCACGUGAAUUAGCAUUACAGUUAGAAUCUAGAUAUCAUGAACUUCCUAAAAGUGAUCCUGAAAAGAACAAAGCGGUUCAGAAUCUAUACAGAAAUUGGUUAGGAGGAGAAUGCACAGACAAAGGUUUAGCAUAUUUCCAUACGCAAUAUCAUGAAAUAAAAAAGAUAAAUACAGCUCUUACUAUAAAGUGGUAAUAAAUGAUUAAUUAUUAAACAUUGUGAAUAUUUAUUUAAACAAUAAAUUUGUUGGAAAUAACUUUACCACAAAACUGAAAUAUAUGAUUUAACAAACAUAACGGGAAUCUUAUUACAAAAUAAUAAUCUUAUAACUAAAUUGAUGAAGUACUUAUAAUGCUAAAAUGUAGAGUAAAUGUAAAAAAUUACAUAUAAUGUAUACCAAUUGUUUUAUAUCACAUUUACAUAGCAAUAUAUUGUGCUAAAAGUACAAAA